AAGCAACAGAAGCAACAUAAUUUAUUGGACACGUGUUGUGUUCUCAUCACUCGGCGGUGAAACCGUCUUCGUCUUUCCUCGUCUCUCUCUCCUCGACGACUCUGCGAUGAAGCUCUCGGCGUCUGUUGUUGUCGAUCCUCCAUCUCUUUCCUCGACAUCUCCAUGAUCAAUCGACAAUGAUCUCUCCUUUGUCUCUCUCUCUAUUUCUCCUCGACGCAAUGAAUCUCUCUGUGUGGAUCCUCCAUCUCUCUCUCGACGCUUCACCGCGAUGAGAGAAAGAGAUUGCGAAUCCGAUCUCGUCACGGCGGAGACUCGCGGUGGUGGUGGUUGCUGUCCGCUGAUGGAUCUGAUGCGCUCGGAGCCGAUGCAGCUCGUUCAGGUCAUUGUUCCUAUGGAAUCUGCUCAUCUUACCGUCUCUUAUCUCGGCAAUCUCGGCCUCGUCAAGUUCAAAGACCUGAAUUCUGAGAAUAGCCCAUUUCAACGGACUUAUGCUGCUCAGGUAACUUUAUAUAAGUGUAAUGUAUUGUGGAAGAAAGUGUGUGUGGAUAUCUUUUGCUCCCAUUUGUUGAUAUUAUGUUAUAUGAAGAUCAAUGUGGAGAGCUGGAAGCUGAACUUGUCGAAAUCAAUGCUAAUAAUGACAAGCUGCAGCGCUCUUACAAUGAACUUGUUGAGUACAAGCUCGUUCUUCAAAAGGCUGGUGAAUUUUUUGCGUCAGCCCAUAGAAGUGCUACUGCUCAACAGAGUGAGAUAGAAUCACAGCAAAUGGGUGAAGACGUCCUGGAGACUCCUUUGUUGCAGGAAGUACGAAAGCUAUGACUGUUCUACUUCUUUAACAUGAACAUGUACUCAGUCGCAAUCAUAUAUUUUUUAUUUUUUUUAAGCACCCCAAAAUAAACAACUACCAUUGGAAGAUAUUUAAUUAGAGGUUGCUUAAGAUAUUGUUUAACACUUAUUUAUUGUUAAAAAUUGAUUAAGCAUCCCCAUUAGAGUUGUUGGGUUAAUGAUGCUCUAACCAGUUA